AUGACGUCCAUUCUGAUCAGUGGUGGACUUGGACGGCUCGGUUCGGCACUGAUCAACCGCUUACUGCAAAGCAACUCCGAUUGCCGGAUUACGGUAAUGGAUAAUCUGAGCUCGCCGAAGGAUAUCCUAGAGAUUCCUCAGGAUAUCCGUGAAUCUGAUCGCUUCAAACUCAUAGUCGGCGAUGUUCGAAAUCAACAGCUCGUCCUACGAAUCCUCAGCGAGAACUCUAUCAAUGUGAUUAUCGAUUGUGCUUCUCGAGCCAGUAGCGCUAUCGAUCGAUCGCCGAUCAGCGGUGCACGUAACGUGAUGCAUGGAUUGACGCACGUGCUGGACGCCGUCAGGGAAUACGGCCAAAUUCAACGUUAUGUGCUUGUCAGCUGUCAAAGUGUUUAUGGUGUCUCCGAAUGUGUGGAAUCAGAACCAUUGGCACCAACUAGUUGGCGAGGUGCUGCUCUCAUGUCAUGCGAAGCGCUAUUGCACUCGUACGUCGUCUCCUACAAGCUACCACUGGCUAUAGCACGAUUAAGCCUUGGUGUUAUCGAUGGAAACCUUAGUCAAAGGCUCGAAGGCGUUGAAUUCAUGAACCUCAUCACUCUCAAAGAUUCCGCGAGUGCAAUAUUAGCGGUCGUUGGCCGAGCUGAAAACGGUGAAGUGUUGAAUAUUGGUGGCGCAUAUGAUUAUCCUGUGCUGGAAAUCAAGCAGUUACUGAAUGGAUGCAAACUCGAACUUAAUGGUCAGCCAUCAAAAUUUAACUGUCAAAAAGCAUCAAAAGCGCUCCAUUAUGAAGCUAAGGACGAUCUGCGUGCCGCUCUGAGAACAUCUGUGUAUAACGACACGUUGCCAGUGAAGCAAUCCACCUUUAAAAUUCUACUUUAUGGAUCCAAAGGUUGGAUUGGGCAACAAUUUGUAGAGUUGUUGAGAAGAGAAGGUGUGAACUUUGUGGAGGCGAAAACUCGACCCGGAACAGAUUUCGAUGACAUCGUCAAGGACGAGAUUGUGCAUGUAGCACCAAGUCAUGUCAUAUCGAUGAUUGCACGGACACAUGGUGGAGAUACCAAUUCUAUUGACUACCUUGAAGGAGGUGCUUCUAAGUUGAAAAUAAAUAUCCGUGACAAUCUCUACGCCCCGUGGCUUCUUGCCAGUCUUUGCGAGAAAACCAAAUUACACUUCACCUACCUUGGUACUGGCUGUUUAUUUAAGUACGACGAUGAACAUCCGAUUGCUGGUCCCGGCUACAAGGAAGAUGACAUCGGAAAUUUCAUCGGCAACUCUUAUUCUGUAGUGAAAGGAUUUACUGAUCGUCUUCUUCGACACUUCCCUAACACUUUACAGUGUCGUAUUCGACUGCCCGUGAAUUACAAAGCCGAUACUCGGAAUCUUGUUGCAAAACUGAUGACGUUCAAGAAAGUGCUUGACAUACCGAACUCAAUCACUAUUCUGCCUGACUGCUUACCGGUGCUUCUCGAUUUGGUUCGCAAACGAGAAACCGGAAUAGUAAAUUUGGUGAAUCCGGAAACAGUUCGUUUCCCUGAAAUGUCUGCGAUGUAUCACAAACUGAAUUCAAAGUGGGACUAUGAAGUAUUACAAGCUGACCCGGACUCAGAGCUCUUCAAAAGCAGAUCUCAUUGUCGUCUGAGCACAGAAAAACUGGAGGCAAUGUAUCCCACUAUACGUCCAGCUCGUGCCGGUGUUGCUGAAGCGCUCAAGCACAUUGUCAACGUCAACGGUCUCUAA